CGCACCUUGGGCCUCUCUCCUCUCUCGCUCUGUGUCUGCCUGUCACCUGCUGCCGCCACCAUGACCACCACCAUCCGCCAGUUCUCCUCCUCCAGCUCCAUCAAGGGCUCCUCCGGCCUGGGGGGCGGCUCAUCCCGUACCUCCUGCCGGCUGUCUGGCAGCCUGGGUGCCGGCUCCUGCCGGCUGGGGUCUGCCAGCGGCCUGGGCAGUGCCCUCGGGGGCAGCAGCUAUUCCAGCUGCUACAGCUUCGGCUCUGGUGGUGGCUAUGGCAGUGGCGGCUAUGGCAGCGGUGGCUACGGCAGCGGAGGCUAUGGUGGUGGCUUUGGAGGUGUUGAUGGGCUGCUGGCCGGAAGUGAGAAGGCCACCAUGCAGAACCUCAACGACCGCCUGGCCUCCUACCUGGACAAGGUGCGCGCCCUGGAGGAGGCCAAUGCCGACCUGGAGGUGAAGAUUCGCGACUGGUACCAGAAGCAGGCCCCAGGGCCGGCUCCCGACUACAGCCACUACUUCAGGACCAUCGAGGACCUGAAGAGCAAGAUCCUCACAGCCACCGUGGACAACGCCAACAUCCUGCUGCAGAUUGACAACGCUCGUCUGGCUGCUGACGACUUCCGCACCAAGUUCGAGACGGAGCAGGCCCUGCGUGUGAGCGUGGAGGCCGACAUCAACGGGCUGCGCAGGGUGCUGGAUGAGCUGACCCUGGCCAGAGCCGACCUGGAGAUGCAGAUCGAGAACCUCAAGGAGGAGCUGGCCUACCUCCGAAAGAACCACGAGGAGGAGAUGAACGCCCUGCGAGGCCAGGUGGGCGGCGAGAUCAACGUGGAGAUGGACGCCGCCCCCGGCGUGGACCUGAGCCGCAUCCUGAACGAGAUGCGCGACCAGUAUGAGAAGAUGGCCGAGAAGAACCGCAAGGAUGCCGAGGACUGGUUCUUCAGCAAGACGGAGGAGCUGAACCGCGAGGUGGCCACCAACAGCGAGCUGGUGCAGAGCGGCAAGAGCGAGAUCUCCGAGCUCCGGCGCACCAUGCAGGCGCUGGAGAUCGAGCUGCAGUCCCAGCUCAGCAUGAAAGCAUCCUUGGAGGGUAGCCUGGCAGAGACAGAGAACCGCUACUGCGUGCAGCUGUCCCAGAUCCAGGGGCUGAUCGGUGGCGUGGAGGAGCAGCUGGCGCAGCUGCGCUGCGAGAUGGAGCAGCAGAACCAGGAAUACAAGAUCCUGCUGGACGUGAAGACGCGGCUGGAGCAGGAGAUCGCCACCUACCGCCGCCUGCUGGAGGGCGAGGAUGCCCACCUGACUCAGUACAAGCCCAAAGAACCCGUGACCACCCGCCAGGUGCGCACCAUUGUGGAAGAGGUCCAGGACGGCAAGGUCAUCUCCUCCCGCGAGCAGGUGCACCAGACCACCCACUAAGAACUCUGCUCCCUCGGCCAGCCCCACUGGGGGCCCCCCAUUGGCCCUCCAGCCUCCUCAGUCUCAGCACCCCCCCCCCCUUGCAUCCGUCCCUUUCCCACCCCCCUCCCUGACUAAUAAAGCUUGUUGACUCAGA